CCCACUGUGACACCAGUGGUGGAAGUGUAUUUUUUAAUCAAGCAAAUACCGAGAGUUUACCUAUUCAUAUAGUUGAAACAUAGGGGAUCUGGACAAAUUUGGACAGGAUGCUAAUCUUAGCCCACUUGUCAUUGCUGCUUCUUUUGGGAAACCAAGAUUCAGUAACGUGUACUGACCUGCAGAAACAGCAUGAAGUCAUCCAUGCAGCAGUUGGAGAACCUCUAGUGUUGAACUGCACCUACAACUGCUCCUCUGGAUUUGUCCGUGGCCACUGGAUCAAACUCCCAGACUGUCCUCAUUGUUCUAGGCCAAGGGAAACAAAAAAUGUCACAAAGAAUGGUGACCUCUGCACACUACCAUUGUAUUUUCCACAUCUGUCCACGGAAGAUUUUCAGUACAACUAUACCUGCUUUUCUGAAGAUCAUGAAAGCGAACAGCUCCAACGCAAGAUGGAGGGUCUGGUAUCACUGCAGGCACAAGCUCGACCUAGUGCCCUGGCCACAACGGUCACUACUGAUGAAUCGGUGACAGCGUUGGGUAACCACGAGGACUCAAUAAUAGAUCACGAGAAAUUCACAGGCGUCAAGGUGUUGGCAACAGUGACAGUAAUUGUGGCUGCGGUGUUGGCAGCUGUGGCUGUCUACUUAUGUAUGAGCCGCAAUCGAUAUUGCAAAGGAAAACCUGCUGUUAUCUGUACAGGCACAACAUCAAGAGAAGGAUCUGGUGCUGGUAGGCCGACAACAACAGGUGCAUUCUCAACCAAUUGUGAGAGGGUGGCACUGAGAACAACUCCAGCUGAUUGCCAGAGUGAUCAUGAGGUUCCUUAUGCUGACAUCAUGAUUACUAUGCGAGGGGCCAGCACACCUGAGCUCACACAGAUCUCCUACCUGGCUCCGGGGGACCAUAGAGAGAGGUGGAGAGAAGAGGCAGGCCAUGGCCCCAGCACUGGCCCUGAAGCUAGGUCCCACCUGCAGGCCUCCCGCUCAGCUGACAGACUGCAUGUCCAGCCCCGAGAGGUCUCCAGGAAGAUGAGCACAAAUUCUGAGUAUGCUGUCAUCACUUACUCUUAACCAGUGGAUAAAAGAGUGAAUAAGAGAGAGCAAGUGAGAAAUGACUGUCACUAUACUCAUGUUAAUAUUACUUCUGUUUUGUUAUCAUUUUUUUUACUGUAGCAAGUUGUAUCUAUAACUGUAUAAAAAAUUA